UUCCCGUCUCCUCGCCACAAACAGCAGCGCCGGCUGCCAAAGCCGCCUGUCGCUGGGCUGCGUCUACUUCUCCUUCGCCGGCUCUCUUCCUCCGGAGACGGGCGGCAGCAUGAGUGCCGGGAAGACGCUGCCUUUUCCCGCCUCGGCUCAGCCUCGGCUCGCCUCCGCUGGGCGCUCGGUGGAUUAAACUGCACCCGGGCGGUUGCUGCUACUACUACUAUUCCUCCUCCUCCUCCUCCUGCUGCUGCUGCUGCUGCUGCUGCCAACUCUAGACCAAGGCCUACAGCUGUGAAAUUAUCAAGUCUCAGCCGGCCUUUGAAAACUUGCAGAUUUGCACACAAACCUUCAUCCAAUUCAUCUUCACUCUCACCUGAGGACACAGGUUUUAUUAUUGGCUGGGCCUAGCCAAGCACAACGGGGUCCUGAUGGGUGACUCGGCAUCAAGGCGGUCAAUCAUUGUCUCUCGUUUGCCAAUAUUCCGUAGAAGUAUUAACCGAAGACAUGAUUCUCUCCCGUCAUCACCGACUUCCAACAGUACUGUUGGCGUCCACAGUUCUUCUCCCUCCAGCACCAACUCUAGCUCAGGUAGCACAGGCAAACGCAGGAGCCUCUUCCGGACACCAUCCAUUAGCUUCCAUCACAGAAAAGGGAGCGAUCAGAAGACAGAGUCUUCGUGCCAGAACGCAGGCAUUUUGAAUGGCGCACAGACAGGCCACAACACUUUGCAAAAGCUCGGUUUGGAGGAACACACGAAGACCAGAAGCAGACAUUCCGUCAGUUUUGGAAGUUCCCGAAAUAAAAAGAUCACAAGGUCCUUGACGGAGGACUUUGAAAAGGGGAGGGAGCCCUCCACCAACAAGAACGUUUUCAUAAAUUGCAUCAGUUCCGGGAAGAACGAAGGCGAUGAUUCUGGCUUUGCAGAGUCCCAAAGCAAGUCUUCUAUUAAACAUUCCUCAAGGAAGCUUCUCCCCAAGUCGUUCUCAACACACUACAGAUUCUCAAAGCCGGUCCCUCAGAGUCAAUCCGUUUCCUGUGUCCAACCCUCUUCUUGUUUGCUGGAGAUUAAACCCAGUGUUGAAACUGAUCCUGUGUCCGCAAAGUCUUCUCCUUCAGAAUGUAUAGGCAGCUCUUUGCUUUCUGCCGAUCUGACAACGGUACAGACGCCAUCCGAGUUUCUAGCAUUGACAGAGGAUUCCGUUUCAGAGGUGGACGGGCUGCCCGCCUGUGGAAACUUGCACCCAGAAAUCUUGGCCCACAAUGUGUCUUCCUCUCAAACCUUUGCUGCUUCUCCUCUUUCCAGGAAAACCAACCUUACAGAGAGUAAUUCCCCUCGUGCAGAAGCAUACAGGGCUAGAAAUGUCUUGCUCACUGAAGCCAGUGCUUUCUCAGAAAUCCUUGAAUCAAAUCGAAAGCAUACAAAAGUAUUAUUGCCCGAGCUCUUUGCUAAACACACCAGCCAUCUAGAAGAGGUAAACUCAGGAGCUAAAGCACAAUUAAAAACCUUUGUCUUAAACCAGGGGGAAGUAGUUGAAAGUUCUCCAAAAGCACAGAGAUUACAGAGGGACCAACAAAAAGCAAGGGGAUUGGAACAUGUCAGGGAAGUCUUUCUAGGCAUCGAAUCGAAGAUCACUCCACUUUCUUCUGAACCUCAGCCCUUUCAAACACAGCAGGCAAAUGACAUAAACCACGCCAAGGUGAAUCUUCCCAGUAGUUUUAGUCCAUUUCGAGAAGGAAGAUUCACAGAAAAGCGUUUAAGGUCCUCUUCAGAAGGCACUGCUGGGAACAGCCGGAUGAUCUUAAAGCCAAAGGAUGGAAACCCAGAAGACAUAAAUUGUUUAAGAAAACAGAGAACAAGUUCCUCAUCAUCUAAAAUGAAUAGCUUGGAUGUAUUGAAUAACCUGGGCUCCUGUGACCUGGAUGAAGAUGACCUGAUGCUUGAUUUGGAAUUCCUAGAAGAUCCACAGCAUCGACAGCCUGUUUGCUGGGAAGAUUCUCAUCAGUCAAUUGUAUCCUGUGCUGCCACGUUACUUACUCCUGUUGAAUCAGCUGAAAACAAGAAAAAGGAACUUCCCCAAAUGCCUGAAGUGACUAAACAGAACCUUUCUCUUAAGUUAUCCAAGGAUGUGGAUCGAGGGGAAGCACGAUGUCCUCGCGGAAACCAGCUGGCCAACAGCCCAUCUGUAGAAUGGCCUUUUGCAGCCAUGGAGGAAGGUGGCGGUCUGGAAUCUUUGCCCUUCCGUCUAAUGAUGCAAGACUGUACAGCAGUAAAAACAUUGCUGUUGAAAAUGAAGCGGGUUCUCCAAGAGAGCUCAGAUAUGAGUCCUGCCACCAGUACCAACUCACUUCCUGUUAGCCCACUUACUGAAGAGCCGUUGCCAUUCAAGGAUAUAAUGAAAGAUGAAUGCUUGACUCUGAAACUGCAACUAAAAGAGAAAGAUGAACUCAUUUUCCAACUUCGUGAAGAGCUGGAAAAAGCUCAGCAUUUACAGAGUGUGCUUGUCUCUCAAGUAGAUAAAUCCACACAGACUGAAGUUGUAGGCCACGAUGCUACCUACCUAAACAAAAUGGUGAGCCAAACUCUCAACACAAAGGACAAAAGAUCAGUACAUACAGCCACAGAGGACCAUUUUAGGUAUUCAUCAGGCAGCCAAGCCACUUCCUGUGAAAACAAAAACUGCCAGUUGUCAAGCGUCUGUCUCGGCAAUCUCCUGAAGGAAAAAGAAAUAGUGGAAGUUAUCAAGCAUACACGAGAUUCUUAUGAAGCCCCUUCUUUUGAGGUGAACCACAACGGCUUAGCAGGAGUCAUGCAAAGCAUGUCAAAAUCAACUGCCAAGGCGGAUAAUGGCACCAUUUUUCCGGGCCCUCCGAAAGAUCAACCUUCCCUCAGUCGACAACCGUCUACCUUCAUAGGAAGGCUUGGACAACCCCCAAGAGGACCAAUCUCUUUGCACAUGUACAGCAGGAAAAACGUGUUCCUUCACCACAAUCUUCACACCUCUGAACUUCAGACUUUAGGCCAGCAAGAUGGGUAAAGAGAGUCAGCACAUAUUUAUUCAGGUGGACCAUUUAACUGACUUCGAUUCUUCUCAGCUGCUGCUACCUAUUUGUUUUACCUUUUAUAAUGAUUGUUUCUUAAAUCGGAGCUGUUCCUGUAAAAUAAAGACAAGGAUUGGGUGGGGGGGUGGAGGAUAGGGGAGCUAGCAUGUUAACUUUAAUGAGUAAUUGAAAUGGUGUUUUUUUUUCCAGAAUUCACCAGACUGUAAAUUCCAAAUUUUGGUGAAGUUGAUGAUAUAACUGCCUUGGCUUCCUAUUGAAUGGAUGGGACAUCCAGAAGAGGCCCAACAUUCUAUUAUUAUUUUUUUCCUUUUGCUGUCCAUCACUUGAUUGCCUACAAUUUCUGAAGAAUAUAUCAAAUAGGACUUCUGUUUCUUUUAAUAAUGUUAAUGUAGAUGUAAAUGUGAGGAACGAGUAGAAUUAGUAACAACUCCUAAAUUGGGGUAAGAAGACGAUUGUAGUCUUUCCAUCAGGAGUUGUUUGCCCUUUCCAUUUCAGUCUCAUUUGCACCAAGACCAGAAGAAGACAAAAAUCUAGGUUCUGUAUAAAUCAUGCAAAAUUUAAUUUGAAAUGCUGAUUCAAACUGAAAAAUCAAUCAAAUUAUCUUUGGACAUUCGCAUGGAUUCAGCAAACUGGGUCAGUUCAAAUUGAUUAGGAAAAAAACAACACAGAUUUUGCACAUGAGCCGAAGUGUUUAAAUUUUCCAAACUGAUUUUAGGGACACACAAGUAAUUUUUUAAAAAAAAUCUGAAAACACAUUUUAAUUUGAUUUAG